AUGUUUGCUGGUCUCUCCACCUUGACUUUUGAUGAGGAAAUCACUCGGAUUGAAAAGAUGUGCUCGCGCAAAGGAGAAGAAGUCCCAUUUUCGACUCCAAUUAUCUUGAAAGAUUAUCCCGAGAUCAACAACUGGUUAACCAAACUCGAGUCUCAGAUGCAGAUAUCUUUGGCCAAAUUACUUUCGAUGGCAAUGGACCAACUGGCCACGUUUUAUAGCAAUGGUGAUACAUUGGACAAGGAGAAAUUUUUCAAAUGGAUAGAAUCAUUCCCGGCGCAACUGGUAGUUCUUGCUGUUCAGACUAUGUGGACACGAAUACGAAUCGUGGAAGACACGCUGAAGACAAAUGCAGAAUUGAAUUCGGCUCUUGGGAUCGUGAUGCAGACAUUGGAUCUCCUUGCGUUUGUGGUCUUAGGCGAAUUGAAGCCAGUAAUGCAACGCAAAUGUGAACACUUGAUCACUGAAUUGGUACAUCAACGUGAUGUCAUCCGGCUUUUGAUUAAAGAUGAAGUCGACUUGGUCACAUGCUUUGAGUGGCUUUAUCACAUGCGUUUCUACCUUGAUGCAUCUGUGUCGAAUCCUACGGAGCGGCUAUCGAUUCAAAUGGCUAAUGCUGUGUUCCCUUAUGGUUUCAAGUAUCUUGCCCUUCACGGUAGACUAGGAGGCUCGCCCUUUGGACUGGCAGGUACAGUCUGUCAAAGGACUGGGUGUUCAGCUCGGACGUUUUGUUCUAGUAUCUGUUGUGACGAGACUUUUGAUUUUCAAGCCAUGGGUCGGAUCUUUGUGGGACUUUGUCAAGUCGGAGCUUGGGGUUGUUUUGACAACGCUAAUCAACGUGAAGAGAGGAUCUUGAGUGCUGUCUCGCAACAGAUCCAGAGUAUUCAACAUGGUUUACGUGCUGCUUCCAUCGAUCCUAAAGCCGAGGUGGAAUUGGUUGGUAAGACGUUAGGGAUUAACCCGCAUACUGGGAUCUUCAUUACAAUGAACCCUGGGUAUGCCGGACGUCGCAAUUUGCCCGAUAACUUGAAGAAGCUCUUCCGAAGCAUGGCCAUGACACGCCCUGAUCAAGAGUUAAUCACUCAAGUCAUUUUAUGUGACAAACAAUUAACCCGACAACUGCAUUACAACUUUGGUCUUUGGGCCCUCAAGGCUGUGCUGACCAGCGCAGGACAUUCAAAACGUGGUCGACUUCAGCUGAAGUCAACAGAUGAACUCGCGGAUGUCUCGGAUUCUCGCGCUGAACAGGAGAUCUCGAUUCAAUGUGUCACAGAGACCAUUGUACCAAAGCCGGUGGCAGACGAUGUGCCAUUGUUGACCAGUGAUCUCGACAAGCUCAAGGAACAUAUCACAGCAGUUGCUGCCAAACGUCAUCUGGUCAUGGGCGAUGUAUGGUGUCAGAAAGUGGUACAACUGUAUCAGAUUCAGAAUAUCCAGCACAGUCUGAUGAUGGUCGGUCCCGCGGCAACCGGGAAGAGUCAAGCUUGGCGUGUUCUACUCGCUGCUCUUGAGCGAUUUGAAGGGUUUGAAGGCGUCUCCUAUGUUAUCGAUCCUAAGGCAAUUUCCAAGGACGCCUUAUAUGGAACUCUUGAUUCCACUACGCAUGAAUGGAACAAUGUUCUCUUCACAAAUAUCUUACGUAAGAUUGUUGAUAACGUGCGCGGUGAAGAUGCCAAGAGACAUUGGACCAUCUUUGAUGGUGAUGUGGAUCCUGAGUGGGUGGAAAACUUGAACAGUGUUCUUGAUGACAACAAACUUCUUACCCUCCCCAAUGCUCAACGGUUGAAUCUCCCUCUAAAUGUGAGGAUCAUGUUCAAAGUCAAGUCCCUCAAAUACGCCACUCUAGCUACGUUCAGUUGCUGUGGGAUGGUUUGGUUCAGUGAAGAUGCGCGCCAAAUCAUCAAGGUUUUGACGCCUCACUUUGAACCGGAUGGAUUGGUGACAAGAGCGCUCAAGUACGCGGCUGAUGUCAAACGUAUCAUGGAAUUCAUAGUGAACAUGAUAGAUGUUGUACUUGAACCUGAAGAACUUGUAGGAGGCUCAUCAAAAGAAUUUAAUGAAGAAAUAUUAAGGGCAAAUGUUAAAGAAAAAGGAAAGGAUACAAAGUAG